GCAUAAUGGCUGAUAAAGAGAAGGACGUGCCAGUGGUUGAGGAUGAAGAUGAGCCAGAUCUGAACUACCAGCCUCCAGCACAGAAGAGCCUUCAGGAGAUCCAGGAAAUGGACAAGGAUGACGAAAGCCUGACUAAGUACAAGCAAACCCUCCUGGGCUCAGGACCUGUGGUGGCAGAUCCCACCAUUCCUAAUGUUCAGGUGACCCGGCUGACUCUGAUGUGUGACCAGGCCCCUGGACCCAUCACUAUGGAUCUGACAGGUGACCUCAAUGCUCUGAAGAAGAAGUGCUUCACCAUGAAGGAGGGAGUCGAAUACAGGGUGAAAAUCCACUUCAAGGUCAACAGGGACAUCGUGUCUGGACUGAAAUAUGUGCAUCAGACCUACAAGAAAGGACUCAGAUUGGAUAAGGCGGUCUAUAUGGUAGGCAGCUACGGUCCGAGAGCCGAGGAGCAUGAGUUUAUGACCCCUGUGGAGGAGGCCCCAAAAGGCAUGAUUGUCCGGGGAACCUACCAUAUCAAAUCCUUCUUCACAGACGACGACAAGACAGACCACCUGUCAUGGGAUUGGAACCUGCUGAUCAAAAAAGACUGGGACGGCCCAGAGGAAAGACCCUUCUAAGUCUCUCCCAGAUCUACAGUGACACCACUGAUGUUUCAAACAGACUUAGGCUAGCUAGAUGUGCAGCUGGAGUCGGCUUUGCUUAUGGUUAUAUAAUUAGUCAAAUAUAUAUUAAAAAAUGGAAAAAAAAAUAAAGAUAUUCUUACAUAUUAGUUGUAAUCAACAUUGAGGACAUACUGUACAGUGACUGGCAGGGUAUUAGAGGCGACUUAGUACUUAAAGGGAUAGUUCACCCCAAAAACUGAAAAACAUCUGUCAUUAUUUACUCACCUUCCUUUUGUAUCAGAGUUCUGAUGAACUCGAAAGAAGUUAUUUGGAAAUAUGUUGGAAACCUGUUACCAUUGACUUCCAGUAGAAAACACAAAUACUAUUGAAGUCAAUGGUUACCCAUUUCCAACAUUCUUUAAAAUAUCUUCUUUCAUGUUCAACAGAAGAAAAAAGAAACUCAUAAAGGUUUGGAAUUACUUGAGGGUGAGUAAAUUUUCUAUUUUUGGGAGUCAACUGUCCCUUCGAUAACCAACAAAUGAAAUUCCUCCUGCCUGUACGCUCAGGUUGGUGUAUACUGUAAAUGUAAAUAUCACUGUGUAUGUAUUCUUGCGAUGCAUUUUGAGUUCAUCAAGAGUCAGAUCAGUGCAUGUGUGAAUGUGAAGCCAUCGUGUCCGCAUUGGCUCGUUUCUUUUAUUGAUGACGUAAUCAGCCUGCUGUUUCCUGAGUAAUUCAUGUGUUGGACGUGGUUUGUACUAAGUGUUGCUUGUCCAUUAGGUAUUUCUUAACAUUAAACCCAUUCGAAAAAGACCAGCUAAUACUAGCGGCUGUUUAUAAGCUGCUCAAGCAGCAUUUUUCACUAACUUGCUGAUAACAGAUUUGUAAAAAAAAAUAAAUAAAUAAAAAUCUGGUGAUCUGCUGGUCUUUUCAGCUGGAAAGCCCAUAGUCAAGCACCCUUGUCAUUCCUUGAAAGAGUUUAAAGCGAUAGUUUACCCAAAAAUGAAAAUCUAAUGGUUUGCUCAACCCAUUUUGGGUUUAAUCACCCAAAAUGUGAUUAUUUUCCCAUCAGUAGGACUUUAAAGGGACAGUUCACCCAGAACUGAAUAUUUACUCAUUGUUUACAUCCAACAAACUCAUUUGAGUUCCCUUUUUCUGUUAAACACAAAAUAAGAUACUUUAAAAAAUGUUGGAAAUAUUUGUUUUUUUAUUAUGUAAGUCAAUAGUUACCAGUUUUAACAUUCUUUAAAAUAUAUAUUUUUGUGUUAAAAAGUAAAAGAGAAACUUAAACAGGUUAAGAACUACUUGACUGAGACUAAACAAUAACAAUACAUUUUCAAUUUGUGUGAACUAUCCAUUUAAAGAAGAUUUUUAGCUUGAAACGAUGCCCCUCAGUGAGUCUAAAUGCAACUUAAUGGCUACUGGUACUUUGAGAGUAAAUUUAAACAUAUACCGUCAAAACAAAAUGAAUACAUGUGGCUCUUGUCAGUACAUUGAAGUUAAAUGAGGCACAACAAUCCGUUAAUGCAAGAAACUGAGCACUAUUUACAACAUUAUUACCCUUUUGCGCUAAGCAUGUCGACAACAGAGCGCAAGCAUGCGGUGAGUUAAUUGUCAUUUUUGGGAGAACUUUGCCUUUAAGAUCUGUCCAGGUGUCUGUAACUGUCUUCCGUGUUUCUCCAUCUAGAUCUGAUUUUAGAUUGUCUUAGAUAUUUUUCAUUUGUCAUUCCAAAAUAAAUACAUUUUAUUGUUUA